AUGUGUAGAUAUCCAGCUUAUAAACAUCACUGGUCUGAUACCAAAUUACCUGUUGUAUUGGAAAUAACAUCGUAUAGUCUCGAUCAAUUAGAUCCUGCGACAAACAUGGUAUUAGCCAGUUAUUGUUAUAAAGAUUUUGAAGGACUGCUAACGAUGAAAGAUUAUCCCAAUGGAUUUGUUAUUGUAUGCGGUGGAUUUGGACGCUUACAUCUCUUUGCUUCUAUGCAUAUGGAAGAGAUAAAAAAGAAAUUACAAGAAGCUGCAUUAAAUAAUUUGGGCAUUAAUAUAAAAAUGUUAAAGGAACCUAUAAGACUCGAUGACUUUAUUGCUCAAAGACUAGGAAAAUUUAGCGGUGACGAGCAUAUAACGAGCGUAUCGGAAUUUACUGUUCAUAAACUGUCUUCUAGGCAUUUGGAUCCUCAAAGAAGAACGCUUUGUCUCUCAGACACUUGUCUGUUGGAGAGAGAUCCUCAAACGUAUAACAUUUGUACUCUUAGACCAUUGUCGGACAUUUUUACUUUGAUUCGUGAUAAUGAUAAUCCUCAAUUAUUCACUAUACAAUAUCUUAAUGGUCAAAUGCGCAGUUAUAUCGCAACAAAUAGAGAUUCCUUAUUAGCAUCCUUACUAGAUGGUGUAAGAGCAUCGGGUAACAGAGAUGUUCACGUAAAGAUGUAUCCAAUUGCCAGAGGUAAAAGACUUGGACCUUUCAAUCUAUCCGUUGACGAAGAAGUCGAAACGACGCAUGUUAAGUUUCUUCAGCAACCGCCUGGAGGACGUACAUUUGCUGAAAUUUUGGAGAGAUUUAACGCAAAUGUAUCAUACAGCGGACUUAAUUAUUCCAUCACGCAAGAUGGAAUUUUUACUGAAAAUAAAGACAAAAUUAUUCUCGGAGCUUUGAACAAUUUGAUCAGCAAAGAUCUUGAAACGAAUAGCGAGAUUGAAGCACAAUUUCAUGCACUACGAAGAUUGGUGGCUAGCAAGAUUGGCUUUGCUGCAUUUACAACGCAUCCUGGUUUUAGAGAAGCCGUUGGUACAAAAGUCGUAAAGGCUUUGAAAAGACAAAAUUGUGGUGUAACGCAAGCUGCUAUAGAUUGUAUCUGUGCUCUAAUGCAACCGAUGCAUGACGAUUGCGAUUUAAGACAAGAACAAUUGAACAAGAGUAGCUUGCUUAGCAGUAAUAAAUUUUUAGAAAGUUUACUUGAAAUGUGGAUUAAUCAUAUUAAUCAUGGUACAGGUGCACUGGUGGUCUCUGCUAUGCUCGAUCUUUUAACAUUUGCCUUGUGCGUGCCAUACAGUGAGACUACCGAUGGCAAGCAUUUUGAUAAUCUUUUAGAAAUGGUUGCCACAAGAGGUAGAUCUUUGUUCAAGUUGUUUCAACAUCCUUCACUGGCUGUGGUCAAAGGUGCUGGACUAAUAAUGCGAGCAAUUAUUGAGGAAGGUGCACCAGAAGUAGCAGCAAAAAUGCAAGAGCUAGCACUUGCAGAAGGAGCUCUACCGAGACAUUUAUUGAACAGUUUGUUUACGAUCGGUAGCGAUGGCAGAUUAUUAACACAUCGACAAUUGUGUCGACACUUAGUAGGUUUAUGGGUUACGGGACAUCCUACGGCUAUGGGAUUAUUGAAACGAAUUAUGCCGGUAGGCCUGUUGAAUUAUUUGGAUUCUGAUGAAAAGAUACCAGACACAUUCUUAGAGGAAGAGAGACUGAACAAUCGUGACAAUUUGAAGAUAGCCAUAGAUCAUGCAUCAAGAAAUAAGAAAAGCCCACAAUGGAUAGCUAUUGAACGUCAGAUGCGAGUGGUCGAGAAGCAUGUAGAAAAUGCUUUGCAACACUGGGGUGCUCGUAUCGGUAUAGAACGGAGAGAAAAGAUUAAAGAGCGUCCGAUAGUGUUAAGAAAACGUAGAGAACGAAUUAAAUCCGAAGCAAAUUGGAAAUUGUUCUAUUAUAAAUUUAAUCAAGAUCACGCACUGCCAAAUUUAAUUUGGAAUCAUAAGACGAGAGAAGAGUUGAGAAUAGCUUUGGAAAAUGAGAUACGUGCAUUUAGUUCGGAUAAAGAUUUGGCCGGUGGAACUUUGAUCGCGUGGAAUCAUAGAGAAUUUGAGGUGCAAUAUCAAUGUCUUUCGGAUGAAGUCAAAAUUGGAGAUUAUUACUUGAGACUUUUAUUAGAAAAGGAUAGUCCGGACAAUCCUAUAAGAAAAUCAUACGAAUUUUUUAAUGAUUUAUACCAUAGAUUUUUAUUGACUGCGAAAAUUGAAAUGAAGUGCCUUUGCCUGCAAGCAAUGACGAUAGUAUAUGGUCGAUAUUACGAAGAUAUUGGCCCAUUCUCGGAUACAAAAUACAUCCUGGGAAUGCUGGAGCGUUGCGCGGAUAGAACAGAACGUGAUAGACUAGUCAUGUUUAUAAAUAAACUCAUAUUGCACAGGCGAAAUGUUAAAGAUAUAAUGGAUCAAAAUGGUGUGCGAACUUUAGUCGAUUUAUUGACAUUGGCACAUCUACAUACUUCUCGAGCUGUCGUUCCGACGCAGACCAAUGUGAUAGAAGCAGGGCCACAGCAAGAACGAAUGGAAAAAGAAUGGUACUAUAAUAACGGAGAUCAACGUGAAGGUCCGGUAAGUCUAAAAGACCUGAAAGAUUUAUACGGCUCGAGUCAUGUGACUUACAAAACAAAAGUUUGGGCCCAAGGGUUAGAUGGGUGGAAAACGAUCUCACAAGUGCCACAAUUAAAGUGGAGUCUUGUCGCAAAGGGAACUCCCGUGAUAAACGAAAGUGAAUUGGCCAAUUUAAUUUUGAAUAUUUUAAUCAAGAUGUGCGAGUAUUUUCCAAGUAGAGAUGCCGAUGAUGCGGUAAUCAGGCCUUUGCCACGUGUGAAGCGAUUGCUGUCUGAUCUUCAGUACCUGCCACAUAUUGUACAGCUUCUGCUAACAUUCGAUCCCAUUCUAGUUGAAAGAGUUGCUACAUUGUUAUGUGAAGUGAUGCGAGAUAAUGCGGAUGUAUCCAAAAUUUAUCUUACUGGUGUGUUUUAUUUUAUCUUAAUGUACACUGGUUCUAACGUCUUGCCAAUUGCGAGAUUCUUACAGCUUACGCACACAAAACAAGCCUUUAGGAACGAUGAUAGCACUUCUUCAGAUAUUAUGCAACGAAGCAUUCUCGGUCAAUUAUUGCCUGAUGCAAUGGUGAGUUAUUUAGAGAACCACGGAGCAGAGAAAUUCGCGCAAAUAUUUCUUGGAGAUUACGAUACGCCAGAAGCGAUUUGGAACGCAGAAAUGCGACGAAUGCUUAUUGAGAAAAUUGCUGCGCACAUUGCAGAUUUUACUCCCAAGUUGCGAAGUCAUACCAUGGCCAGGUAUCAAUAUAUCGCUAUACCUGCUAUAAGAUAUCCACAAUUGGAAAACGAAUUGUUCUGCCAAAUAUUCUAUCUCAGACAUCUUUGCGAUACUGUUAAAUUUCCGCAGUGGCCUAUCCCAGAACCUGUGCAAUUGUUGAAAGAUGUAUUGGAUGCAUGGAAGAGAGAGGUAGAGAAAAAGCCACCUCUGAUGACUGUGGAUGAAGCUUAUAAGCAACUUGGCUUACCAAGUGGAAAACAGCAUGAUGGAGCGAUCGUCAGGAAAUCAUUUUAUAAAUUAGCUCAAAUGUAUCAUCCUGAUAAAAAUCCUGAAGGCCGGGAUAAGUUCGAAGCUGUCAGUCAGGCAUACGAAUUUCUGUGUAGCCGCAGUUGUUGGUCAACGACUGGCCCUAAUCCUGACAACAUUGUUUUGAUUCUGAGGACUCAAAGCAUUCUUUUCCAUAGAUAUACGGAAGAACUUGGACCUUACAAGUACGCUGGUUAUCCUCAGUUAAUCAAAACAAUCAAGCUAGAAACAGAUGACGAACGAUUAUUUUCAAAGUCUGCUCCGUUAUUAGCAGCUGCCAGUGAACUCGCGUACCACACUGUGCACUGUUCGGCUUUAAAUGCCGAAGAAUUGCGAAGGGAGGGUGGUUUAGACGUAUUGCUAGAAGCAUAUACACGAUGUGUGUCCGUCUUGAGCAGAUCAAGUAAAUCCACUGACGUAGCGGUACAAGUUUGUAUGCAUAUCACUAGAUGUUUCGCUGUUGCCGGAUCAUUUCGAAGUUGCAGAGAUAAGAUUAUCGAAUUGCCGCAACUUGUAAGAGACCUUUGUAGGAUACUGCAUUUUAAGCAUUUAACAAGAUUGUGUGCGGUUGCCACAGAAUGUAUUUCAUCUUUGGCUACGGAUAGCAUAUUGCAAAUGCAACUAUUACAAUCUGGUGCUUUAUGGGAUCUGUUGCUCUUCAUGUUCAACUAUGAUUAUACCUUAGAAGAAGGUGGUGUAGAAAGAAAUCAGGACGAAAAUCGUCAAGAAGUAGCCAACAACUUGGCUAAAUUGGCAGUUCGUGCUUGUGCUAGAUUAGGUGGUUAUAUGAAAGGCGAGAACGAGACACCCGUUAAUCCAGUCACAGUCGCCGCUUUGGAAUGUUUGUUAACACCCUAUUUGGCGCGUCAGCUUAUUAAAGACAAACCCGAAGAGAUUUUAAAGAUAUUAAAUUCUAAUUGUUCAAAUCCAUAUUUAAUCUGGGACAAUGGCACUAGGGCGGAAUUAAAUGAAUAUUUAGAACUGAAACGGCAAGAGAGAUUAAAUAAUAGCGACAAUUUUGAACAUGAUUUUAGUGAUUUCAAGUAUACCGCUCAUGCUAACGAAUUGAUAAUCGGCGAAAUAUUCGUGAAGAUAUACAAUGAACAACCAGCGUAUCCAAUUGAGAAUCCGAAAAGUUUUACGAUAAAUUUGCUUGAAUUUCUGUCACUAUCUUCGGAGUACUUAACAUCCUUGGGAAAUGUCGCUUCGGUUAAGAAGGACCACGAAAAAUUGGAACACGUUGUUAUGGCGCUUAAAGCUUUGAACAACGUUAUCAAAAAUAAUCCUGGGAUUGAAUUACAGUGCAUGGGGCACUUUAAAUUGUUGUUUGGACUUCUGAAUUGUAAUAAUUUUAAAUUAAUACAAAAGAGUGCUUUAGAAGUAAUUAGUAAUGUUACCAAGAAUCAGGAAUGCGUUGAUGAUAUUGCCGCGAAUGAAGUUGUAGUGCAUUUGUUGUUAUGUUUGCACAGUCUGAAAGAAUAUCAGCUUCUUGUAUUAGAAACUUUGUACGCACUGAUGAGUUCGACUAAAAUUGUGAAAGAUGCAUUAGCAAAAGGAGCUGUUGUGUAUAUUCUUGAUCUUUUUUGUAAUUCGAGUAAUAUUCAGACAAGAGAAGCAGCAGCUGAAUUACUCGCGAAAAUGUCGUCCGACAAAUUAGCUGGACCAAAAGUCAAACUUGAUUUAUCAAAAUUUUUACCAAGAUUAUUCAGCGAAGCUAUUCGCGAUGCACCUAAGCAGUGUGUACAUAUGUUUGAAACGCAGCACGAAAAUCCCGAGUUGAUAUGGGAUGAUGAUGCAAAAGUUAGAGUAGCGAGGAUUAUCGCAGAAUUAAAAGACGAAUAUCAUGCAUUACAGAGACGAAAUCCUAAUGCCAUAUUAAAAUUACCUGAUACUCAAAAUAAUAUUGAUAUCGCGACAAAUGAACCUAUCGUAGGAGGGGUGUACCUUAGAUUAUUUAUAGCUAGUCCUGCUUGGGCGCUUAGGAAACCAAAGGAAUUCUUAAGUGAGCUGAUGGACACGACAUUAACGUUAAUGUCCAAGGAAAAGACUGAUACGGAUAUGUUAGAAUUAACAACGCAGGCUCUUGUGUGUUUACUUCAAGCACAACCUACUUUGGCGGACCAAGUACCAUCCUUGGGUCACAUACCACGACUCUGUCGACAGAUGGCUGUUCAAAACAGUCAGCCAUCUGUCUAUAAGACAGCUAUAUUAAUUUUGCAUCAAUUGGCUACUAGUGAAAUAUGUAUCUCGUCUAUAUGUCAAACGGAAUGCAUAAGUCCACUGAAACAUGCAAUGCAAUCGAGAAGAGACAUGAUUGCGAUAGCAUGCGAAACAUUGAAUAGAUUAUUUUCGACAAAUGAAGAUAGACUUGUCAAGCAAGCAUUGGAUGCUGAAAUGGUACCAUAUCUCUUGAAUAUAUUGGAAGGACGGUUAGAUAUUCUCGAAAAUCCUGCCACGACUAAAGCACAAAUAGUAAAAGCUUUAAAAGCCAUGACAAAAAGUUUACUUCUUGGUGAAAAAGUUAAUGCCAUUUUGGAAAAAUCAAGUGUAUGGGCGGAAUAUAAAGAUCAGCGGCACGAUCUGUUCAUUUCUAACAAUAUUAGUUCUGGUUAUCUUACAGCUGGAACACCUGUAUCUGCUGGCUAUCUGACAGCAGGGCCAAGUACAACUUUAACCACGGGCCCACCACCAGUAGACAAAGAAGAUAAUUUAAUUAAUAGAAAUGAUAGCAUCUGAUGUAGAUAACAUUGUAAGUGGUGCAAAAGGCAGUAAGAACAUUAAUACUGAGAGAUUUCUAUCGGUAGAUAAUACCAAUAAUAGAGACUACAUUGUCUGUGAUUUUUGGCUUCUUAAAGAAAGAAAUUUAUUAAAUAUAUUAUUUUUGCUGUAUAAUCUUUAUGUUAGAGAAUUAUAAGACAUAAUAUUUUGUUCUUUGAUUACAUUUAUAUAUGAGUAAUAACAUAGUUAUAAACUUGUCAGUUUUUAAGACAA